UAGUAUUUUUGGUUUUUUUUUUGGUGGAUAACCGGUUGGAUUUGGGCGUGAUACGUUGUUGGUUUUUAUCUAUAGGAACAGAACAGACUGAUCAAAUGGCAGAAGAUGCCGGCAGAAACAUUGGAGGUGAAGAUAUCGACGACAGGAGAGAGCGAUUAAGGAACGUUAGAAGAAGAUUGGACUUUGGCCAGGACCAUUCUCAGCAGAAGGAGGAAGAUGAAGCAGCUCUUGGCGUCGUACAGAAUGACUUCAAUGCUGCCUCCGCCAAAUGGAACUUUGAUUUUGCAAACGAAGUACCUUUGGAGGGGGAUUGGGAGUGGGAGAAGGUAGAAGACAGGCAGGAGCAGGAUUACAAGGGACUGACUAUUGUUAAGGAGAUUAAGAAGACCAUCGACGCGAGAAGCAUUUGACGGAGAUGUAUUUUUUACAAUUUUACUAUAUUCAUAUACUUAUUAUAAUAUACACGCCGAAAACCACAAGUACAUUCUAUAUUUUUAGCACUGAUCUUGCGAUGAUUCCCGCUAUCGGGAACAAAUUGUACUGAACUCAAAUUUUUGUGAUUCGAUCGCAUUCUAAAUGAAAAAGUACUUAAAAUGUUCGGGAAUAGAUUGUAUAAAUUUGAGGAUUUUUGACUAAAUUCCUUUUCCAGUUGAAUUGAUGUGUGAUUUUUACAUUUUCUCUAUUUCGUACUGAUUUCUGAUCUCUUAUUUAUUCGAUAAAUUAUUGUGAAAUUUUUAUAAAAAAUUCAAGGAAAAUUCUGGUAUGGUUGUUUUUCUACGUGUUUUCAUGAUAAGCCGUUCUUUAUUUUAUGUUAUGUGUUAUUAUUUAUCUAUUUAUUCGUUAUCAAGUAGCAAUAUUGAUACUAGUCUUAAAUUAGAGUAGAUGUAAACUGUAUAAUUUAUAGUUAUUUUUAUUAUGGUGAUUGGAUUUGAUAUCCAAUUAAUACGGCUCUAUACCAAAAAUUUGUAUAUAAAAUGUAAAAAAUAGUAAUAUAUUAAUGUGAAUGGUU